GCGGUUUGAAGCGGGAUGGAGCGGGCAGCGGUGCGUCGUGGGCCGCCAGCCGCCUUCUGCCCCCACCCGCCACGACCGCCCCGGCCGGCCGCUCAUGCUCUCUUUCGCUUGCAGCUCGAGGAGGCACGGGACGGGGCACUGCCGCAGCAGAGGCGCCCGCAGGCCCCCCAGGGCGGUGAGGGCCGCGGGGAGCGCCCCGCCGCCCCCGCCCCCGGUCAAUGCCUGGAGCAGGCGGGGAGCGUGGCCGGAGGACGUCCCGGCGGCGGGCCUUCAGACUCGUGCGAUGGCGGCUCUUGCUGCGGUUUGGCUUCAGGCGGACGCGGUCCGGGGCGAGUGGCCGUGGGGAGCCAGGGCCGACGGGGCGGCAGCCAUGCCCUGUACUUCUCUUCCAGCAGCGAUGAAGAAUUUGAAAUGUUUUUAGCUAGAAUGAAAACUCCCAAAUCUGUUUCUAAAAAGGCAGAUGCAAGUUUGAAGGACUUAAUUGAUGACUUGGAUUAUUUCUUCUUGGACUUUAAAGUGAGAGAGAGCACAACAAAGAAUGCACAGAAGGAUCUUCAGACCCCGAAGAAGUUGAUGACUUCUGGAAAGAAGAACACUUGCUGCCAAGAAUUGCAGUAUCCAGAGGCUUCAAGUGACAUUGAAGAUUCUGUCUUUGUAGAAAGUUCAUGGCAUGACUACCAAAAAGGGGGAGUGAAUGACUUGAAAGAGAGUCGGAGGUGCAUAAAACUCCCACCUCCACAAAAUCUGAAAAAGUCAAUUUCCAGAGGCAGUCCAGAGUUGCUUGUUAGAAGGAAAGAAAGAAACUGUGAAAAAAGUACAGAAAAUAAAGUGCCAACUGUGGCGCUGAGGCAAAGUACAGAGGUAGAAUCAGAUAGCUCAGAUGACGAAUUUGAAUCAUUAAUAGAACGGAUAAGGAAACGGAGUAUACCUCGAAAACCAAUCUUAAGCACAAGUAAAACUGUCUACCAGCCAAGCACAAUAGAAAACAUCAAGCCACCCUGUGAAGAUGCCCAGCCCUUGAAAGGGGAGGGAGUCAAGGCACCAAGGCCAAACUCCAUUUCACUUCAAGAAACACCUUUCAGGAUAAAGGCUUCUGCAAGAAUUCCUAGGAAUGAAUUGGUCAGUUGCUCACAAUCAGAAAAGACAGAGAAAAGACUCAGGGUGUGCUCAGUGCCUGGCUGUUUCUUGCAAGAUCUCUCAAAUCCAGCUUCCCACUAUGUGAAGUAUUUCAAGAAAAAUAAAGAGGAGCUGGCGCAGAAGCUCUACUGUCUGUAUAAUAGAACCAUCUUUGAGCAGAAGUUGCCAGAGAAAAUGGUAAUAAUCUGGAAUAAGAAAAUGAGAAAAACAGCAGGAUAUUGUGUAACUGGGCAGACAGAAGGUCCUAAAGCAAAGCGUUACGCUCGUAUAGAACUUUCUGAGAAAGUCUGUGACUCUGCAGAUCGUCUUCGAGACACGCUAGUUCAUGAGGCUUGCCAUGCAGCCACCUGGCUGAUCAAUGGUGUUCGUGAUGGACAUGGACGAUUCUGGAGGUUCUAUGCCAAUAAAUCAGCUGUGAUUCAUCCAGAACUGCCAGUAGUAACACGAUGCCACAGCUAUGAGAUUAAUUACAAAUUCAUCUAUGAGUGUGUUCUGUGCAAAGCUACGAUUGGACGUCAUUCCAAGUCUCUGGACACAGAGCACUUCAUGUGUGCCUUCUGUGGCGGGCAGCUGGUCCUGAGUCAGCCCACUCAGAAGGAUGGCACUCCUGCUAGGACACAUCUAAUGCCCUUUGCAAAGUAUGUGAAAGAAAACUAUGGUCUUACUAAAAGAGAGCAGCAUGAGCUGAGUCACGCAGAAGUCAUGCGGAAACUCAGUGCUGAUUUUGCUUUAAAAACUAGGCUUCAAGAUUCCCUGUAGUAUCUCAAUACUCUUCCUUUCUUGAUGCCACUUAAAUUUUGUAUGUAGUAGUAAAUGAGUCUAAUGUAAGUCUAAGAAUGUGUUUUGGAGUAUUCCAAAUCAUUUUAAUAUUUUAGUAUUGAAUACUUCUAAUAAAGAAGACCUUAAGACCAUUUCUAAAAUGGCAAGAGUGAGCAAGAAGUAAUGAUAGGAAGUCCACGGUGAUGCACAAGUCAGGUUAUCCUUCGUAGACUUAAGAUAAACACUACCUGUGCCUGGAAAGAUGCAGUUCUAGGCCUUUCGUGGGACUGACUCGUUAUGUCUGGAAUUUUCUCAAUGGUAUUUACACAUAGUGCUCCAUAGGAGGUCUUCAGUGGCUCCAGUGAGCAAUGGAUUUACUCUUUCAUCUGGGUAGCUGUUACGCUCUAGACUCUGUAUAUGUGCUGAAGAACUGCUAGAUGUACAUCUGUCUGGGAUUGCCAGAUGCAAGAAAAUUCCAGGCCCACGAGUCAAAGUCCUCUGAUUCUGUCUGGAUGACUUCCAGGCAGGAAAAGGGGCGGCCUUGAGGAAGGCUUCAACAUGGGUUCAGGUAUUCUCCCAAGGAAAUUUUCUUGAGUGAUCCUUGGCUGUUUUUGUUAAAAGUGGGUAGUAAGUAGAUGAUGCCUCAGAUCUCUUGGAGAAAGCGUGAGUUUCUGCAAAGCCCUCUGGCCCUUAGUGAGAUCAAAGCUCUUUCUGAUUAAAUUCUGAUUGCAGUUGUGCCUCUACCACUGAGAUUUCAUAGAAGCUAAAAUAGAUGCAAAAGGUCAGGUUGGGGAAAGUGAAUUCAAACACUUUCCACCAUGAAAUGAGAAGGGCUAGUCAGAUGACUUAAGUCUUUCACGUAGAACGUGCCUGAAUGUGUGUUACAGUGUUUGUGUCUGCUGUGAACAAAUUACUCAGGGGAUUAGUAAUUUUGAAUAAUCAAUAAAUGCCAAUUUUAUACCAACCAUGACAAUGAACCAGGCUUCUUUGUUUCAAUUUAAUCGUGGCUGUGUAGGUAUAGUAUGUGAAAACUUCUGAUUUCUCCUAGCUAGUUUUGAGUUUCACCUACAGCAGGUCACCCUGCUUGCUGUUGAGAAUACCUCUCCCUGCUCCCCACCUCCUGCCCUGUCUUUAUCACUCCCUUUAUAAACCAGCUGAAAAAGAAAUUUUAGCAGCAUAUGAAGGAGUUUGAGCCGCUUCAGAAAUAGUCAGUACUGAAGCACACUUCCUCUUGGCAUCUUGAUUGCCUGUGUGGAGUUGGAUGUUCAAAGGGAGGGUCCUCUCUAUGCAUCAUGCAACUGAUGCUACAUUGAGUAAGUGGGUUGCACUGGUACUGUACCAGGCUCAAAUGCGAAACCCCAACUGCCCAGGAAUUUUGGAAGUGAUCAUGGACUGGCCAGAGGGCUGAAACUGUGGAGUGUCGCCAGAGGAGGGGACUCAUACUGAAGAGAUCCUGCUGUAUAGUAAAUCACCAGCAAAUGAAAAGCAGUAAGCCCUGUCAUAUUGUGGGAAGACACUGGAGGUGGAAAGCUGCUGUGUGGGGUCCUACACAACAAGUUGCAGAAACUGCUGAAGGAAAAGGUGAAUCAAGUCAGUCUGAAGAAGUGAAAGCCAUCCAGCUGGCUUUAGAUAUUUCUGAAUGAGAAAAAUUUCUAUACUGACUCAUGGAUGGUGGCAAAUGCUCUGUGGGGGUGGCUACAGCAAUGGAAGCAGAGCAACUGGCAGCGCAGAGGUAAACCCAUUGGGGCUGCUGAAUUGUGGCAAGAUAUUGCUGCUUGGGUAGAGAACCUGGCAGUAAAAGUCUGUCAUGUAGAUGCUUGCAUACCCAAGAGUUGUGCCACUGAAGAACAUGGAAACAAUGAGCUGGUGGACCAGGCUGCUAGAAUUGAAGUGUGUCGUGGUUUCAGCCCAGCUGGUAACAAAGCACCACGCAGCCGCUUGCUCACUCCCCCUACCCCAGCCACAGUGGGAUGAGGAGAAAAUAUAAAGGCAGGCUUGUGGGUCGAGAUAAGGACUGGGAGGGAUCACUCCCCGCUUACGGUCACGGGCAAAAAGACAGGCUGAACUUGGGGAAGAAACAAAAUCAAUUUAAUUUACUACAAAUCAAAUCAAAACAAGGAUAAUGAGAAGUAAAAUCAAAUCUUAGAACACCUUCCCCCUACUCCUCC